GUUGAUGAACAAGUUUGGUGAUCAUCGAAAUGGUUUUAUUGUGUACAACUGGAACUACUAUCUACGGAUUUAUUUUACUAGUGCAAAUCAGCCAGGCUACCCUGACGCUCGAAUUUGACGAGGACUUUCGGGAUUGUGAAAAUGGACUACCCAUGCCGGGGUUUGACGCGUCUGAACUGCAAGUUAUUCCCCAGGACGAUGGUUCGGUUACGAUGAACGGAAUGCUUAAGUUCACAAAGGAUUACGGGAGUCCUACGAGAAUGAAGAUGUACAGCAAACGACUUCAGCAAGGCGAAUGGAAGCCGGGCAUGGUUUCACGUGAAAUUAGUAACCUUUGUCCAGUGAUGCAGAUGCCAACCGAAUUGUGGUAUCCGUUUACCCGGAUUCUACAGCAAAAGACUUGUCCUUACCAAGCUGGACAUGAAGAACACAUCAACAAUGUGACCGUUGAAAACAUUGCUGCCAAAUUUCAUGUUCCACCGGAUUUUCUUGGGGAAUGGCGAAUGUAUCACGAAUUUACGACAACCAGGCAAGGAUCUUCGGCGAAGGAAUGUCUCAUGGUACCGGUGACCGUUUCCGAGGUGUGAUACAAUUACAGUUAAAUAAAUUAUUUUUUUUUUUUCCAAAAAUGUGGGCCAGCAAAAAUAAUUAUCAAAUUACGAGUGCAAAUUGCACUCUCAGCUGCAGCAGCGUUGAAUUCUCCUUCGGUACCACCCGGGCGGGCUGGGCCAACGGACAGAAAAUAGAUUUUCCCGUGUAAUAAAAUCUUUAUUAGAUUUAUUUUCAAUUUCCACCGAGGCAAACCUCCUCCAAUCUCUAACCAACCAACGCAAAACGCGAAACAUACUCCCGGGCUGAGAUUUAUGCCCAGCCAUCCCCAGUGCAACGCUGCCAGCUGGUAGGAACAGUACGAAGUGGGUUGAUCCCGUGGUAACCCUUAGCACGACAAGUGAUGUU